UCUUUCCCGCAAGUCUACGAGGGGACCCGGGCCAAGCAGUCUCCACAAGAGGGCGCCUGUGCCAUCCGCUUGGCUUUCCUUUCCGCCCUCCCUUUCCGCCCGGGUUUCCGGGACUGGGUUGAGGCGAUGGCGGCAGGAGGGAGCGAUCCACACACCGUGGAUGUGGAAGAGGAUGCUUCUCAGCUUGUCUUUCCGAAGGAAUUUGAGACUGCUGAGACCCUUUUGAAUUCAGAAGUACAUAUGCUUCUUGAGCAUCGGAAACAGCAGAAUGAGAGUGCAGAAGAUGAACAGGAGCUCUCAGAAGUCUUCAUGAAAACACUGAACUAUACUGCUCGCUUCAGCCGCUUCAAAAACCGGGAGACUAUAGCUAGUGUUCGUAGUUUGUUACUCCAGAAGAAGCUUCAUAAAUUUGAACUGGCAUGUUUGGCUAAUCUGUGUCCUGAGACAGCCGAGGAAGCCAAAGCUUUAAUUCCCAGCUUAGAGGGUCGGUUUGAAGAUGAAGAGUUGCAGCAGAUUCUUGACGACAUUCAGACCAAAAGAAGCUUUCAAUAUUAGACAGAAUUACCAGAUUCUUCUGUAAUCUGAACACUGAGCAAGAAACAUCAUUUGUUUGUAUGCAGACUUGAACCAAUCCUGAAACUUACAGGAUAGAGUCAAAAAUAUAUAUUUGGACUUGUUGAAUAUUGAUGUAGUUGUAAAAAUUCAUGUGGUAUAAAUGGCAGAGUUCUUUGGAGUUUGAUUUCAUUAGUUUAGUACUUGUUUCUAAACUUCCUGUAUUCAGGGAGGGAACAAACAUUGGGGCAUUUUGGGGUGUAAAAUAAAUGAGGGCAUAGGUCCCUUUCUGAAUAUUUGUUAUCCAAGAGAAUUGUAUUUUCCUAUUUCUUGAAAACUAAUAACAGUGGAAUCAGGUCUGAUAAAUUUCAGUGUAUUCUCAAUGAGUUUGAUCAAAAGAAAGUUCUUACCUCAGGACUAAUUUUAAACUUUGUGUGGGAAAGCCUUUAUACUAAGGGCACAUGGUUUGUGAAAUUAUCCACUCAUUUUUAUGUAGCUCCUUUUGACUUAAAAAAGGAAACAUGUUACUGGGGUGAUGGGAAAAUGGUGUAAAUUGGAAAGAAUUUAUUAAAUUGAAUGUUUUUUCUAUAUGUUGGUGUGUUGAUAUAAUAUAUUAAAAGCUGUUGUGUUUCAUUAUA